CUUAAUAACAACAAUUGCUAAUGGGCAUCUGUAAGGAAAACGAUUUCUUAUCAGUAAAAUUUUAUUUUGAAUCGAAGAAAAUUGUUUGUCAUUCUUAUUAAGUGAAUAGAACAGUACUUCAGUUUCUAGAAUUGUAUUGCACAUAUUGAAAAAUGGCAGCCCAGCAAGAUAAAAGUUUAAUUAUAGAACAACGCGGUAAAUUAUUAAUUGUAAAAUUUAAUAGACCAAAGAAGAAAAAUGCAAUGGAUGAUACGAUUUACAAGACUUUACCUAAUAUUUUUCGUGAAGCAGCAAAAGAUGAUAACAUUACCGUUGUAGCAUUAACCGGUGUUGGAGAGUUUUAUAGUUCUGGAAAUGAUUUAACAAGAUCUAUAGCUAUACAAGAAGAAGAUACAGAUUUGGAUGGUCUAAUGAGCCGAAAAAAAUUUAUGAUUUUAGAUUUUAUAAGAUCAUUUUAUACAUUUCCAAAAUUAUUGGUUGCAGUAGUAAAUGGUCCAUGUUUUGGUGUAGCUGCAACAACUGCUGCUUUAUGUGAUAUAAUAUAUUGUUCAAAUACAGCAUAUUUUUGUACACCAUUUGUUAAAUUGGGUAUUUGUGCUGAAGGUGGUUCUUCAUAUACAUUUCCAAAAAUUUUGGGUAAAUCAAAAGCUAUGGAAAUGUUAUUAUGUAAUCAUAAAUUGACUGCAGAUGAAGCAUUAAAAUUUAAUUUUGUAUCGGAAAUUUUUCAAAUCAAUGAAAUAGAUAAAAUAUGGUCUAAAUUAAUUGAAUUUUCUAAACUUCCGAUUGGUGCUUUGAGAACAACGAAAGAACUAAUACAAAAUAUUGAUAAAAAUGAAUUAGAAAAAGCAAUUUUAAAUGAAGCAGAUGCUUUACAGCAAAGAUGGUAUACAAAUGAAUUUUUUGAAGCUAUUAAUUCAUAUUUUAAUUCGAAACUAUAAGAUUAUUACAUACAUACAUAUAUUGCUUGUAUAUUGUACAUACCUUUAUUUUAUGGACUUUUAAAAAGAGUUUAUUAUUGGUGAAAGUAAAUUGUAUUUUUAAUGU